CUAUUUUUAUCUAACUCAUAUAGAAGGCUUCCAUCCGAAUUAUCAAUACCAUUAAAUAAUGAAGACUCGACAUUUCUAAGCUAUGAUCAAAAUGAACUGGAUAGUACAAUUUCACCAUCAAGUAAUUUGGUGGUACAUGUAACAAGUGUGUAUAGAACACCUGAUAAAUUGCAUACAACUGUUAAAUAUCUUAUAGCUGAUCAUCGUUUUCAACCAGUUGAUUCAAAAUGGAGAGAAAAUAUAAGUAAAAAAUUAGAAUUUCAAACAGGAAAACCAUACAACCUCCAACAAUCAAAUAAAAUGUUAAAAUCUCCGAAAUACAAUAAAGAUACAGGAAUUACUUUGGAUACAAACGAAUUUUUUAGAAUUAUAUCUCUUUUAUUUAGUGGAACACAAGAAAAUUACGAAAUUUUACGUACUAAAGUUUUUGAAACUAUUUCUAAGAGCCAUUAUAUUGUUAAUAUUAUGAGAGAUUUAUACAGCGUUGACACAUAUUUUCAAGGAGAAGAUUUUAAAAAUUGUGAUACAAUCACAAUGUUAGUUACAAGUUAUGUUAUUGAAACAAGCAUUUAUGUAUAUGUAAAAGUGUGGGACUAUUGGUUAUACUUACCAAAAGAAUUUCCUAAAGAAAAUUUUUCUAAAAUUAGUGAAGAAAAAUGUAUUUAUUUAUAUAAUGAAGGAAGGCAAUUUUUUAUAGUUGAAGAUGUAGCUGAAUAAUAUAAUAUAAAUAUAUACAAAGUGAAUCGUUUAUCAUAAACAACUUAUUUACU